CCACUCCUCUUUCUUCAAAUUUCAGCAGCCAAAAUCGAGCAUAAUACACAGAACAGAAAUUUUUCGGUAUGUUGAGACUUUUCGUAUUAUGGUCUAAUUAUGUUUUUAGUAGUUAUAGUAUGAUUUAAUUUUCGUAUUAUGUUGUUGUUAGUUAGUUGAACUUAUGUUCGUUAGUUAUAGUAUGAUUUAAUUUUCGUAUUAUGUUGUUGUUAGUUAGUUGAACUUAUGUUCGUUAGUUAUAGUAUGAUUUAAUUUUCGUAUUAUGUUGUUGUUAGUUAGUUGAAUUUAUUUCCGUUAGUUAUGGUAUGAUUUAAUAUUAGUUGUACAAUAUGAUUUUGGUUAAUUUUACUGUCUUUAAGCUAAUAGAUACUUAUUGUAAAUUGUAGAUAUGGGUAAAUUCAAGAAGUUUCAUCUUACUAUUCGGUGGAAUGGAAGGGUGACAAACUCUGACAUAGGCAUUGAUUAUGAGGACGGCGAAUCCAUUAUGCUGAAAAUUGAAUCCCGAUUCAAUUUUCAAGAACUCUAUGAUCUUUGUGCAGAAAGGGUUUGUACGAGCGGACAGACGAGACUUGGCAAAAUUACUUACCGGUAUCCAGACAUGAGUGCUGGCGGGGUCGUGUUCCAAGAAGUUGUCAUAAACGAUGAUGACGCGGUUAUGAUGAUGUUACAGUUCCUAAGCGAUAACCAAGUCCGGCUUGCAGAGGUGUAUGUUGAGACCGAGGCGCUCGGUGAAUCUCAUUCUCACCAGUAUUCUUAUGAUGAUGGUUUUGCAGGAGGGUACGAAUGGGGUGGUAGUUCGAGCAACUACCAAGGCGGUGGUUAUACAGGAGGUUACGGGGAGGGUGGUGGUUCAAUCAACUACGGUGGAUCGAGUAGUGCAGGAUGGUUCCACCUCUUGCUGGAUGUGAGAUACCAGCCACGGGACCGACACUUGCCCCGCAUUCAACGGUGGAUGCCCCCGUCCUUGAUUUGGUGUGGUGGUCGGCAUGUCGAAGCCCAAACGAUCACGGAUGAGCGGCCCCCAACCUCCUCCGGGUUUGGUCGUGGAACCAAUGAUGGCAUCUCCAGAUAUAGGAAGCCCGGUGAGGAUCGCCACGUCUUUGAGGGUGAUCGUCAUUUCCCCCUCCGGAAGGUGGAAUGUAUGGGUUACGGGACGCCAUCGUUCCGCCAUUGCCGUAAGCAGCUCGUUGUCGAUCUCGAUCCGCAAGAAAUGGCGCAACAUUCCCAAACCGGUCCUCGCUAUAUAGGGCUCCAACCUUGGAUGUCAAGCGGGCAAGUUAUUGGUCCCUUUAUGAACCACGGGAACAAGAGAUUCCUAAAAAAAAUAGGAAAAACAUCAAUUAAUUAGAUUAAAUAAAGCAAAAUAAAACAUUAGAAAAUAAUAAAAUAAAGCAAGUCAGUUCAUCAAAUUACCGGAUUGUUAUCCCAAAUGGCACGGGAGCGAUGCAUUUCUUGAUCGGUUAAGAGACUCGCAUCCCUUGGGCCAUAAUGGAUAUACAAUCGAGGAUCGUAUAUCUCGGCCACCCAUCUAUAAAAAAGUAAUAUAAUCAGAGAUUGUUACGAUAAAAAAUAAAUCAAAUUGUUUCGAUUAAAAAAAAUCACAAACCAAAAACCUACACGAAGAGCCUCUUCGUCCAUUAUUGGCGGAAGCCGGACAGAGGUUCGACGGGUUUAGCUUUGUAAGGGACGGGAACUUAGCGGGACGGGGGCUUUAGGGUCAAACUCUAGUAAUUCUUUCUGAUGUGGAAGAUCGGACUUAGCCGCAACCACAGAGCAUACUUAGAACGAGACUAGAGCGGAUAAAUUGAGGGAGAAAGAAGUGAAAUGUUUGUGGGGUGAGUUGAAAGUGAAAGGGGAAGGGGGUAUUUAUAGUUUGGGGGAAGGGGGGAGGAGCUGCUGCGCAGUUAUUAGGGCUCCAUUCACCGCGUUUGAUGAACGCGGUGAACUCACCGCUUUAACCAAACGCGGUGAAUGCAAAGGUGACGUGGCGUGCUGUGAGGCGUCGGAUCGUGGGAAGAAAACCACGAUCCGCGUCUCACCGCAUCUAACGGCCACGGUGAAAGCACAUUGGCGCGGAUUGCUGACGCAAACAAACACGGGUUAUUCACCGUGUUUGUCUAACGCGGUGAAUACCCUGUGCUGUCCACGUCAGCAACUUCACCGCGGCCAACAAAAACGGUGAAGCCUUCACCGUUUUAGUUUAAAACGGUGAAGGCAUCACCGUGUUAAAUUAAAACGGUGAGUUAUUCACCGUUUUUAACAAAAGCGGUGAACCCUUCACCGUUUUAGUUUAAAACGGUGAAGUACUCACCGUGUUUGUCAAACGCGGUGAUGACCUUCACCGUUUUAGACAAAAACGGUGAUGCUCAAACAUGUGUAGUUUUGGAAUUUUUUUAUAACUAAUGUAUUUUGGGAAUUUUUUUUAAAAACUAGUGUACUUUGGGAUUUUUUCCAAAAAAAAAAGCAAGGAUAAUUUUGGGUUUAUAUAAAAAUAGGGAGGACAAUAUAAGCAUAAAAACGCA